AUCCAGCACACGUCGGAAGACUCUAGAAAUUGGAUUUCGGGCAUGUCUUCUCUCGCUGUUGACUGCCCUUUUUGACUGCUAACACGCGCCACGCGUGCGCCCUAACGCGAUUGCUAACUCGAUUGAUGAGGUUAUUGAAGAGUCCGUUAGUAUCGCUUCAUUCCCUUGCUCCUGGCGUUGGUUAGGCUCGUCGUAUCAGCCUUUCAACCAAGUCUUGUCCAGCUUGUCGCUUAAAUUCGCCGCGAUUCUAGGACCAGCUUAGCGACCUCACCGACAAUCAGUACUUCAUAAUCUGUCAUUUCUUAAGACCGGAUAAACCGCGACUUUCAGCAUCACUUCACCGAGUUAAUCAGCCGCAUUAGAAUCGGCAUCGCGGCUGAGCACCAGCGUAGCAGGACGCCAUGAUUCCCCCGGCGGCGAUGGAUCCGGAGAUGGUUCGCCUGGCGCAGGAGCAGAUGAGCCGCAUGUCGCCUCAAGACAUCCAGCGCAUGCAGCAGAUGAUGACGCCUGACAUGAUUCGCAUGGCGACGGAGCAGAUGGGUCGCAUGUCGCCAGACGACAUGAGGCGAGCAGCCGAGCAGAUGAAACACCUCUCCCCCUCGCAGAUCGCCAGCGCCAUGUCUGGGGCUGGCGCUGGGGCAGGAGGGGUUGGGAGCGGUGCUGGGGGGUUCCCAGGAGCAGGAGCAGGAGGAGGAGCAGCAGCAGGGGGGUUGCCAGACGUGGCUGCAUAUAUGAGCCAGAGGCAGCAGUACGAGCUGAACGCAGCGACGAUGCUCAAGAACGAGGGAAACAAACUGCAUGGGCUAGGGAAGUACUCAGAAGCAGCAGAGAAGUACAACAGGGCCCGGGACAACCUCGCCAUGCACUCGUCCCCAGCAGCAGUGUCUCUGCGCCGCACGUGUGCCGUCAACCUCAUGUCAUGCCACCUCAAGACGCAGUCCUUCUCCCAUGCCGUCUCUGUUGGCUCUCAGGUGAUUUCAGAGGAUGCGUCUAACCUCAAGGCGCUUUACAGACGGGGAUUGGCCUACAAGGAGCUCGGGCAGCUUAAAGAGGCAGUGGCAGACCUGUCAAAGGCAGCACAGAUCUCACCUGGCGACGAAACGCUAGCAGGCGUGCUUAGAGAAACCCAGGCGGCACUUGAAGCGACGAAGAAGACAGCAGUUUCCUUGGAGGACAUAGAUGAGGGCGAUGACGUUCCUGCUGCAUCCUCUGCUGAGUCUUCCGCUGUGGGAACGACUGAUUCAGUAACAGUAGCAACAGCACCAUCAGCUACAGCAGCACCAGCAGCAUCAACAGCAGCAGCAGUGGGCAGUAAUCCUCUGUUCAUUCCUCCCUCUGUGCCGACCAUGUCGCCUGAUAUAUCUGCCAUGGACCCUGCCCUUGUGCGCAACAUGCAGACAAUGAUGACGACCAUGGAUCCAGCCGCAGUGGCAGCGCUCAGCGGCGGCGCCUUGUCCCCCGACAUGGCGCGCACUGCAGCCCAACUCGUGGGAUCCAUGUCGCCAGACGACCUGCAGAAGAUGAUGCGCCUGGCUUCUACUUUCAGCCAAGCAGGAGGAGGUGUAGCAGGGGGGGCAGCGGGGACAGGGGGGGCAGGGGUGGUGGGAGGGGUGGCGGCAGGGGGAGGAGCUGGUGGUACUAGCAGCAGCAGCAGCCGAGGCCGUGGUGGUAGCGCUGGCAGUGGAAGGAGUGGUGGCAGCAGCACCGUUACCGAUUCUGUUUUGACCCCCACAACCACCAGCGCCAGCAGCAGAAGCACAGCAGGGGCUGCUGCUGGUGCUUCUGGUGGUGGUGCUGCUGCUGCUGCAGAUACCACAUAUGGCAUGCCUCCAGGGUUUGGGAGAACAAUGGAAGCAGCAGCAGGAUCAGCAAGGAACGGAGGAGGGGAGGUGGCAGCAGGGGAGAGGGGAGGAGCAGCAGGGGGGAUGGGAGCAGCACCUGGGAUGCCAGUGCCAGGUGUCGGCGGGGGAUUGGACCCCAUGCAGCUCCAGGAGCGGCUGUUGAACGACCCUUCCACAGUGAAGCUCAUGAGCGACAUGAUGCAGCAGCUGAGCGCGGAGGACAUCGCAGCCAUGAGCUCGCGCAUGGGGCAGAGCAUGUCAGUGGAGCAGGCAGAGCAGGCCAAGCGCAUGAUGCAAGGACUGGGGCCUGAAAGACUGGCCACUGUGAUGAAGUAUGCUCAAAAGGCACAAACAGCAGCAGCCAAGGUCCAGGAAAUGGUGCGAUGGCUGCUGCAACGGCCAGUGCUCCUGGCCUCCAUCAUAACCCUCGUUAUAGCCAUCAUCAUCCACUAUAUGGGGUGGUUCUCAUGAGUCAGCUUCAAGGCAGGCUCUGCACAAACAUUGCAGUAGAUGCUCUACUUUGACAAGGAUGUAGAUUUUAUUAUGAGGUUCCAUAUAUAUGAUGUUUUCCAAUGCCUGCUUUGGAGAUCCACGAAUGAAGCGAACAUCCCUCGUAGCGGGUACAUUUCGUAAGAAGUCCUGCCUGGGAAUCCCCUUUCCAUCCCAUCCCAUCCCAUCUU